GUACAAGACCCUACAAGACCCCACGUGUAAUCCUUACGGGACGAUCAAACACCCACAAAAGGGGGAACCGUCACAGCUGAAAGGUUGACCGACUCACAGUCCAUAGUGCGACUGGUCCGCUGGUGAUGAUGGCAGAUGAUGGCUAUUAUUGAAUGCUUUAAUAACCUGACUUUUGACGACGACAGGAACGCCAACAAAAUGGCGACGCCGACGGCGGCAACGUUCUCCUACAUUGACUACAUCGUAUUUGCGCUGUCGCUCUUGCUGUCGGCUGCUAUCGGCGUCUACCACGGAUGCAUCGGCUCCAAGCAGACGACGACAGACGAGUUCCUGAUGGGCGGCAAGAACAUGGGAGUCAUACCGGUCGCGCUGUCCAUGGUCGCCAGCUUUCUGUCGGCCAUCUCACUGCUCGGCCAACCUGCUGAGAUGUAUUACUACGGCACACAGUUUUGCUUCUUCACGUUCUGUGUCAUCAUUGCCUUCCCGGUGGCCGCAAACAUCUUCAUUCCUAUCUUUCAUGGGUUGGAAGUGACGAGCGCUUACGAGACCGGACAGAUUACUUUCCGUGGAAGAAUGACAUGUACAGGCGUUAUUGUGUUUCAGCAUGUAUGGUGUGUUUCAGUAACCGGACUGCCUUUGUGGGCCUCCGUUGUAAGCUCUGGCGUUGUGUGCACGUUCUACACUUCUUUGGGUGGAAUGAAGGCGGUCAUAUGGACAGACACUUUUCAGAUGCUAGUCAUCUUCGUCGGGCUGCUCGUCGUUAUUGUGAAAGCAAGCGUUGACAUCGGCGGCAUAGGCGAAGUUUUUCGCAUCUCUAACGAGGGAGGGCGUCUUAUCUUUUUUAAUAUGGAUCCAGACCCAACUACACGCACUACGUUCUGGAGCAUGAUCAUAGGGGGCGGUUUUGUUUCUCUCACGACAUACGCUACUAACCAGGCAACGGUGCAGCGAUAUCUCAGCAUCAGAACUGUCAAGCGAGCAAAGUAG